UCAGGAACAUGCAGAGUACUGCAGACAACGCGGAGCGUCAAUCCUGCACAGAGAUGUCACACGCAUCCUACCAUCACUAGCAUCAUUUACCAAAAGAGAACUCGAGGGGACAGAUAGCUAACAGAGCCGGAGGAAACACACUUUUUCCUUGAAAUAUUUUGAUAGUUAAUUAUUUCGAUUCUCAUCGGGUCCUAAACAGUGGAUAAGCGGUCAUGUCAAAUAACAUUGAAUUAUUUAUAGGCACGCGCGUCUUGCUGUGUGACAGUAUUGCCCCAAAACCAUUUUGUUAGAUGUGCGUCUUCAACAGUGACUGGCACACGUUGCUUUUUCGGCCAAUGCUUCACUUUGAUGACUACGGAUACUUGCUGAUAGGCUAUGGUUCUCACAUUAUAGCCAAUCUUCAGAGGUGGCUUGAUAUUUUUUGCCAUUUGAUUGGCUUCAUUUAAGCCGAUGUGUGUUUGGUGUAUGGAAGAAGGAUCCGAAGGACUGACUUUCGAAGCGUCUAAGGCUUUGACKCUACCUCACCUGGGAGGACGCAUCCUGGCUAACGGUCGACAUCCUGUACUUGGAUCCUAUAAACCUCCAUGCUGACCACUUCAGAGGAGAGAAUAAGAGGUAGGAUAGUGACCAGGCUACCCAUCGACUGUUUAUGUGAACACAUUGAUCCAGGACGUCCGAGCGAAAAAGGAACCAAAUACUCCAAAUACAAAACAUCCAAUAAUCGGUGUGUGUUGUUGAUUUGUUUCCUGCUCAAGUCAMAGUGUGAGUGAGACGACCACAACCUCAGGAGGCUGAACAGACCACGGUUGCAGAGUGGGUGCAAAUCCAAAGACGAUGGUCCACUGUGCCGGGUGCGAGAGGCCUAUACUGGACAGGUUUCUCCUCAAUGUUCUGGACAGAGCUUGGCACGUCAAGUGCGUACAGUGCUGCGAGUGUAAAUGCAAUUUAACAGAGAAAUGCUUUUCUCGAGAGGGGAAACUAUAUUGCAAAAACGACUUCUUUAGGAGGUUCGGGACAAAGUGCGCGGGCUGUUCUCAGGGCAUCUCYCCGAACGACUUGGUCCGGAGGGCAAGGAGCAAAGUGUUUCAUCUCAACUGCUUCACCUGCAUGAUGUGUAACAAACAGCUGUCCACGGGAGAGGAGCUCUACAUCAUAGACGAAAAUAAAUUUGUCUGCAAAGAAGAUUAUCUAACCCACAGCAAUGGGAAAGACACAAGCCUUCUCUCAGUAACAGCAUGUAGCGACCCAAGUUUAUCCCCGGAUUCUCAAGAUCAGUUACAGGACGAUGUGAAGGACUCUGAAAUAGCCAAUCUGUCGGACAAAGAAACGGGUAGUAAUGAGAACGAUGGCGAGAACCUUGGCGGUAAACGACGUGGACCGCGAACCACCAUCAAAGCAAAGCAACUGGAGACCCUAAAAGCGGCAUUCGCUGCCACCCCCAAACCCACGAGACACAUCAGGGAGCAGCUCGCGCAGGAGACGGGGCUGAACAUGAGAGUCAUUCAGGUAUGGUUUCAGAACAGGCGGUCCAAGGAGCGACGCAUGAAGCAAUUGAGCGCCCUGGGCGCGAGACGGCACGCGUUCUUCCGGAGCCCGAGGAGAAUGAGAACGCUAGUGGACCGGCUGGAACCCGGGGAAUUAAUUCCAAACGGUCCUUUCUCAUACUACGGAGAUUAUCAAAGCGAGUACUACGGUCCAGGAGGGAACUACGACUUCUUUCCUCAGGGGCCUCCGUCGUCGCAGGCACAGACCCCCGUAGACCUCCCCUUCGUGCCCUCCUCAGGCCCAACGGGCACCCCUCUAGGUGGUAUGGACCAUCCCCUGCCCGGGCACCACCCCUCCAGUGAGGUGCAGCGCUAUUCUGACAUCAUGUCCCACCACCCUGGGGAUUCGCCCAGCCCGGAGCCAGGCAUCCCGGGGCCCAUGCACAGCAUCUCCUCUGAGGUGUACGGCCCCAGCCCGCCCUUUACCUCACUAUCCCUCAAUGGCAGCGGAUACGGCAACCACCUGUCCCAUGCACCCUCGGAAAUGAACGAGGGCACCGUCUGGUAGCUCUAGAGAGCGGACUGUACCACCGAGAGAUUCAAUAGGGAAGGACAGGAGAGCGGGCAUGGGCAGGGGCAGGGGUAGCGACACCAGUCAAAUAUUUUUUUGUCAAUCAUAUUUAUUUAUUUAUUUAAUUUCCCCAUAUGAUAUUUUUUUGCAGGGAAAAUAAAUAUGGCGAAAAUCAAAACGUGGACAAUGUGGUUGUAAGCAUUUACCUUGGUAUUGUGUUGAUGUUUCGAUUGCUUCUUUAUCUAAACCCGAAUAAGGACUUGGGCACAUAAAAGACUGUGUGUGACUGUUGACCCUGUGGGCCCCUGGCGACCCCGGGCCCCUGCUCUCCAUGGCUGUGAACCUUCCUGACUCCUGUCAGUGGCCUAGUACAGUGACGCCCCUCCAAACACAUGCCACUGGGAAAACAACCAUUCUGAAAACAAGUAAUAUGUCCCACAUCCACAAAAACAUCAUUAGCUACUGUCAAAGACUCAACAGCUUUACAGAAAAAAGAAGGAAGGGUGGUUGGUCUGAACGCUAACCUGUGCCGCUGGCAUUAGAAGAAGGCUGAAAGGCGUCAGACUCUAUUUAUGGCACUAGACGUGUCCCUUGUAUUUAUUCAAAAGCUCCUCAGACCUCUUUGCCUCUCAAGGCUCUGCCAUAUUGACACUUAAACAACCUUUUUGACACUAAAUAUAUUUCUGAAGGCCAGGGGAAAUACAUUUUUUUCUCUCCAUCUGGACAGUUUCCUUUUCUUGGUUAAAAAAAUCAAACCACCAAAUCUGAAGAAGUUGGCCUUCAAAAGGGAAACAAAAGGCAAAGUUAUAUGGCUUGUGAACCCUUUAUUUAAAUUGAACAGAACUGGAAAUGUUGUUAAAUGAAGUCUACCUUCUAAAAAUUGUUUAAUGGGGGUCUGAAAGGGACUUAGAACAGUCAACUGUUUACGUAAUAUAUUUAAUUCAGGAGUUAAAAGUAUCAAACCAUGUUUUAGAAUCUCUUGAUCAAGAUAAAAUGUUCCAAGCAACRAACCAAACUUUUGUAUUGAUUUUAUUUAUAUUGUAUGAAGACAAACACYUUUGCUGGGGUUGUGGUUCACUGUGCUAGUUUGUACAAGAUGUUGUUUACAAAAACAAAUAAAACAUAAAAAAAACACACAAGUAGACAGUUGCCAAAUAAAAAAUAGCACAAAUACUGUAAAAGUGCUUUGCACCAUUAUCUGCAGAAUGUGUUGAGAAAAAGUGUAAGUGUUAAAAAAUGCUAAGGAGUAAUUUACUUCUUCAUUUUUUUAGUGUACUGAAAAACAUUCAUAAAGUUGUUAAUAUAACAUACUUAGACAGGUUUUAUUUUUGUGUCUUCAAAGGAAAUCCAAACUAUUAAAUUAAUGGUCGAAUAUGCAGCUAGCAGCUGCUACUUUCUUUAAAUAUCAAGCCCUCAUGGUAUGUCUGUUAUUGUUCUAAUAAACCUAAGCUUAUGUGACCUCCAGUGCAUAUUAGACCAUUCACUGUAUAAAUACAACAUGUUGAAAACAA